UUUUGCUGUAACCAAAUACACACUGAAUGUAAGAAUACGUUUAAAAGACAUGGAAACGCUAAAUCAGACUAAGCGUUUACCGAAAUGUCCUAGUGAAAGUGUCAACAUAUGUUCAUAUUUAACGUUCGCCUGGGUGUUAAAAAUAUUUUUCAAAGGCAAUCGGAAAACCCUUGACGAGAGUGAUCUGUAUCAACCGUUAAAAGACCAGAAAGCCGAUACUUUGGGUAAUGAUUUGGAAAAAGAAACCGAGGGCAAUACUAGCUUGUUGAAGUGCUUACUACGCACUUUCGGUUUUAGAUUGUUACAACAGGGAAUCAUAUUGCUGUUUAUUGAGUGUGGUGUGAAAAUUUUACCGCCAAUUUUCUUAAGUCACAUCAUUACGUACUAUUCAAAUCAAAAUGGUACAGUGACCAGUACUGAUGACGUCGUUUGGUACUCGGUAGGAAUAAUACUUGCAAUUCUGCUGAAUGUUGUAAUUGUGCAUGCAUUUGAUGUUUCUAAUUUGAAUCUGGGGUUUAUGAUUAAAACUGGGGUCGGCUCACUGAUUUACCGGAAAUGUUUGAGAUUGUCCAAGGCCUACGUUGGAAAGAUAACAACGGGCAAGAUAAUAAACAUGAUGUCAACAGAUGUUGCCAAGUUUGAAGCUGUUGUCUUGUGGAUGCAUUAUUUGUGGGUGGGACCAUUGCAAACCAUUUUGGUUACCUGGUUAAUGUAUCGAGAGAUUGGUAUAUCAGCGCUAUCAGGAGUGGUAAUAUUACUAAUAUUCCUUCCGCUUCAGCUUUAUCUGGCAAAGAGAACUUCUGUCCUGAGAUUUGAAACGGCAAGUAGAACUGACAAAAGAGUUCAACUAAUGAAUGAGAUCAUACAAGGCAUCCAAGUUAUCAAAAUGUAUGCGUGGGAGAAACCAUUCAACAAGCUAGUUUCAAAAUCCAGGAUCAAUGAAACGAAACUGAUUCGUAUUUACUCAUGGAUUCGUGGAAUUCUUUUGUCGUUUAUUAUUUUUGCUGCACCUGUGUCCAUCUUCACCAGUUUGGUCAUGUAUGCACUGCUGGGAAAUAAAGUAACCGCUCAAAAAGCCUUCGUUGUUAUUGCAUUUUUCAACGUUUUGAAGUUCACAAUGAUCGUUAAGUAUCCUUUCGCUAUGAACUUCGUCACGGAUUGUCGUAUCUCAAUUAAGCGCAUUGGUGGGUUUUUAGACGAUGCCAAGUGCUUGAAAACAAUUCAAAAUUUCGACAAAAAUAGGCCGAUUAAAGUGGAAGUGAAGAAUGUAACAGCGAAAUGGGAUUCCGAGCAAACAGAUAAAACGAUAUCGAAUAUCAGCUUUAGUAUCGAACACUAUUCAACAGUUGGAAUCGUAGGAGUGGUAGGAUCUGGAAAAAGUAGUAUAAUUCAAGUGCUUAUUGGUGAACUCCCAAUAGAUAGCGGUGAGUUGACGGUUAAUGGCAUAAUUUCGUAUGCAUCCCAAGAGCCAUGGCUCUUCAGUGGAACUGUGCAGGAAAAUAUUUUAUUUGGAGAGCCUUUGGAUGAUGAACGCUACAUGCAGGUAUUAAGUGCUUGCUUUCUUACACGAGACAUGGAAAUAUGGCCUAAUGGCGAUAACACGAUGGUUGGUGAACGAGGAGUUAAUUUGUCUGGAGGCCAAAAAGCGCGAAUAAAUUUAGCAAGAGCGCUGUACCGAAAAGCCGAUAUCUACUUACUUGAUGAUCCGCUAAGUGCUGUAGACUCGCAUGUUGGCAGGCAUCUGUUUGAGAACUGCGUUAAAAAGUUUCUGAAAGAUAAAUUAGUGAUUAUGGUUACUCAUCAGCUUCAUCAUUUGUCAGAUGUGGAUGGCAUUAUUGUUAUGGAGGAAGGCAGAGUUCAAGGGAACGGAACACUUGAAGAGUUACGUGAUUUGGGAUUAGACUUCACAAAGUUGCUGCAUAGCCAAGACAUUGAAUCCGACAAGGACCUUCACUCUAAUGAAAUUUUGGCAACAGAAGUCGAUACUAACACUAAUGAAAUUAUAAAAGUAAAUAGUAAGCCUGUGCAGGCGAAGAACGAAGAAAAAAGGGCAGAAGGUUUCAUCAACAUGUCCUACUAUAAGUCAUACUUUACUGCUGCUGGUGGAUGCACAGCAUUAGUUGUGCUGACACUCUUCACCGUUUCGCAGGUGUUUACUUCGCUUAGCGACUAUUUCAUUUCAUAUUGGGUCAGGAAGCAGGAUACGCGUUCAAUAGAUUUCGGAAAUGAAACAGUUAUUGUUGAUGUUGAUAAUGAUUCAGAAGCGACCACUAAUGAUCGAACCAGAGAUAUCAUAAUUUUCUCUGCAUUGACUUUCGGUACAGUCCUAAUUACACUGAGUCGAAGUUUUGUAUUUUUCAACGCAACAACGAAAGCAUCCCGUCAGCUACACGAUUCAAUGUUUAACGGAGUUAAGCGUGCAACGAUGUAUUUCUUCAACAUAAACCCAUCGGGGAGAAUUUUGAAUCGUUUCAGCAAAGAUGUUGGACAAGUUGACGAAACGCUACCAUUUAUACUUGUCGAUGUGCUUCAAAUUAUGUUUGCAAUGGUUGGAUCUAUAUGUAUAUUGGCAGUUGUAAACCCGAUAUACUUAAUACCCACCGUUUUGUUGUUUUCAAUUUUCCAUUUUCUCAGGAAGUUCUAUUUGAAAACCUCACUUGAGGUGAAACGACUUCAGGCGACAACGCGAUCUCCGAUCUUCUCACACCUUGCUGAAUCUCUUACGGGCCUAACAACUAUUCGUGCAUGCAAUAUUCAAAGAAAAUUGAGCCAGGAGUUCGACCGGCAUCAGGACUUACACACAUCUGCAUUUUAUAUUUUUCUUGUUACUGGUCGAGCGUUUGGCUUUUGGCUAGACAUUUGCUGCGUGAUUUACAUAUCAAUUGUUGUACUCAGUUUCUUUGCGAUGAGUGCAAGCGAAGAAAAUGUAGGCCUUGCAAUUACUCAAGCAAUGGGUCUCACAGGAAUGGUCCAGCUAGGAAUUAAACAGACUGCUUCAUUGGAAAAUUCGAUGACAUCUGUGGAGAGAAUUGUUGAAUACAGUUCCAUAGAACCAGAGGGCGAGUUCCAGACAGCCGUAGAUAAAAAACCUCCGAUCGAUUGGCCCAACAAAGGACAAAUCAGAUUCGAAAAACUUGGAACAAGCUACAACCCUGAUAAACAAGAUGAAGUUUUGAAAAAUUUGAAUUUACAAAUUGGUGCACAAGAGAAAAUCGGCAUAGUGGGUAGAACGGGGGCUGGUAAAAGUUCGAUUAUAAAUGCACUUUUUCGUUUGUCAUUUCUCGAUGGCUACAUUCACAUUGAUGAAGUUGACACACAAUCAAUUGGACUGUACGAUCUUCGAUCGAAGAUAUCAGUUAUUCCUCAAGAACCGGUUUUAUUUUCUGGUUCAAUACGUUACAACCUCGAUCCAUUCGACGAAUAUUCUGACGAUAAACUGUGGGACGCAUUGAGUCAAGUGAAAUUGAAGCAUAUCAUCGGUGAAAUGCCUGCCGGUUUAAGCUCAACAUUAACAGAGGGUGGAACAAAUUUUUCUGUUGGUCAACGGCAACUGAUGUGUUUAGCUAGAUGCCUUUUGAGAGAAAAUAAAAUCUUGGUAAUCGACGAGGCAACCGCAAAUGUUGACACACAAACUGAUGCCUUCAUACAAGAAACGAUUAGCGAAAAAUUCAGCACUUGCACCGUACUUACAAUAGCUCAUCGUCUUCCGACCAUCAUCAAUUCGGAUCGGGUGUUAGUUAUGGAUGCAGGACAGGCUGUGGAAUUCGAUAAACCAUACAAUUUACUGAGAAACGAAAAUGGGAUUUUCACUAAAAUGGUUAAAGCCCUAGGUUCACACGAACUUACACGGUUGUCACAAAUCGCUCAAAGAAAUUAUAAUUCUAAACGAGCAAAAUGAGAUUUGUAAAAUUUAAUCUUUUUUUGACAGAAAUAUAUUCAAUGAGAUAAGAACAUUCUGCAUUCCAAACGUAAAUUUGUACUAAGAAAACUAGAGGG